UUAGUAUGUCUAUAUCAUCUUAGCAGAAGGAAGCCAGGUCCACCACCAUUUGGGAAGCACCCAAAGGCCGAAGCUUUCAAUCAAAGCAGAAGUGAUGGGCAUUAAGGUCAUCUUGCUGCACUCGAGCUGAAACGAAGAAAACCAAAAUAAUGAGUGAACCAUCUAUAAAUGAAGGGCAAAAGGCUGAGUUGGGAGUUCCCCCUUCCCCCUCCCUCCUCCCCUGAUAAUUUUAUGGGUGGUGGUGCCAUCCACUCUCUCCUCCAUUCCUCCUCCAUCUCUGCCAUCUAUCACUGUUCCCCUUCGUCCUUUCCUUUCUCCCAUCACCACCACCCAAUGCACCCCAUCCCCCACUUCAACCAUUCCCAGUACCCCUAACAAGAACUAUAGGAACAUCGACCCACCAAAUUUGUCAGAAGAAACAAGAAAGCAAGGGGGAAAAAAAAAGCCAUAGGCCAAAGCAAGAACUAGGAAGGAAAAGAGAAACAAAGCCCACCAAUUGUUUCCUUCUAAUGGAUCCCUCGCUUCCAUCACUAAUUCCCUUUGUAUCACUCUCACUUUUCCUCCUAUUUCUCCUUUUUAGUGGGAUAAUGGUGGUGGAAGGCACCACAUUCACAUUCGUGAACAAGUGCGGCUACGGGGUGUGGCCGGGGAUCCUGUCGGGCUCCGGCAGCCCGGAGCUGGAGACGACCGGAUUCGAGUUGGCCGCCGGCGAUUCGCGGAGGUUCCAGGCGCCGACCGGUUGGUCCGGCCGGUUCUGGGCCCGGACGGCGUGCAACUUCGACGGCGCCGGCAAGGGGUCCUGCGCCACGGGCGACUGCGGGAGCGGGGAGGUGGAGUGCAAGGGCCGCGGGGCGACGCCGCCGGCGACGCUGGCGGAGUUCACCCUGGCGGGGACGGCGUCGUCCAGGGACUUCUACGACGUGAGCCUGGUGGACGGGUACAACCUGCCGGUGGUGGUGGAGGGGCGCGGCGGCGCCGGCGGGUGCGGCGCGGCGGGGUGCGCGGCGGAUCUGAACCAGCGGUGCCCGGCGGAGCUGAGGGUCGGGGAUGGGGAGGGGGAGGCGUGCCGGAGCGCGUGCGGGGCGUUCGGGAAGCCGGAGUUCUGCUGCAGCGGUUCGUACGCGAGCCCGGCCACGUGCCGGCCCUCCGUCUACUCCCAGAUGUUCAAGUCGGCGUGCCCUAAGUCCUACAGCUACGCCUUUGAUGACCCCACCAGCACCUUCACCUGCUCCGGCGCCGACUAUACCAUCACCUUCUGCCCGGAUUCGGCACCAAGUCAGAAAUCCUCUACAGAUUCUCCAACUCCAAAAACAGGAAGUGGGGUGAUGCUGGAAGAUGACUCUUGGCUUGCAAGCUUGGCAACUGGAGCUUCUCCUGCCACCACAACGAGGAUGUCUUUCAUCCACCAGUCCUUGCUCACCGUCGCCACCAUGGCUUGCAUCCUAUUGCUGCUAUAGCAUUAAAAAUUCUUCUACUGCUCUUCUUAUCCACUGCUUUCUCUCUUUAGAGGACUGGCAAAAAGGAUAGGUUCCUUCAAAGAGGAGGGAUCACUUUCAAGCCCAAAAGAGAAGGCUGAGGUGGUGAUUCCCAGUGUGGCGACUUAAGGCUGUUCGCACACACUUCUCAAGGAAGAGAAGUUUGACUGAAGUUGAAGUGAUGUAACGCAAUGGCUUUGUGCAACUAUAUUCCAUAGAUUUCAUAUUGAAUGCUAGUUAAUUCUUAUGGUGGGUACAAAGAUGUAUGUAUAGAAUAAUGUAUGGUUGGUGUUUUUGAUGAUCAUGGGGGGCGUGGGGAUGUAGGACUUGUAAGGGGUGGCUUUUGCUCUGAUUCUUUUUUUUGGAGUGGAGGUAAAGAAUAGUUUUGUUAGCUUUGGUGAGUAGGAUGAUGACGUUGGUGAGCUGGUCCUCUGAUCACUUUGCUGCAGUGGACCCUUUGGUGGUUGGAUGCAAUGAUCUCCCUCAUGGAUCACUGGCUCGCUGCAGCACUUAAAUUAUCUUUUUUUCCGUAA